AUGGUAAGUCUUUUAUUUUUGAAUAAACCUACAAUUAUUUUGUAUGACAUAUGACAAGUCUAUUAAUUAAUUGUUUGAUUUUAGGAUUUUGUUGAUAAUUCUCUUGGGAAUUUUGCUAUCUUAGGGUGAGUAAAAUCAUACAUUUUUAAAAUUUGUGCAUAACUAAUAUCCAUAUCAAAUUAUAUUUUUAGUGCUCAUACCGCUAGACCAAAGAAUUUUAAAGAAGCUUAUCAUCCAGUUCAACAAAAUUUGAUAAAUGUAAGUAUUCAAAUAAACUAUUAACUCUGAUAUCCCAAAACUCUACCCUAGUUAUAUCUGAUAUAAUUUAAAUCAGUACAACUAAUUGUAAUUUUACAAUUCAUGAAUUGUAUACUUGAAUGUCAUACACUUUUUUUUUUAUUGUAUUCGGUGUAGAUUAGAUGUAUUUAUAUUAAGCUUACUUUUUAUCCAAUAUUACUGUUUAGCUAUGUCAACUUAAUUUUUAUUCAAAGCUGCAAUAAUUUACAUAGGUAAAUAGUAAUUUUCAAGACUUAACUCAUUACAAAUGUUCAAUUUGAAUGGAUACAUUCUAAAACUGACUAUAAAGAGGAUGCAUUUUCAUUGAUGAACCAUAUGAUUCAGAUGAUUGGUGAAUAAGAGAAAAAGUGUUUGUGCGAGUAUUGGAAAUAGGAACUAAAUAGUCUUAUUUUUAAUCAAAAGUUUUGUUUUUAAUUUACAAAAUAUUCUCAUGUAAACUAUCAAAAAUAAUAAUGUAUAUUUUUACAGUGAUGUUUAUUUUUUUUUUUUUUUAUGAACAACUUUUCCAUAAGAAAUUUUGUUCCGAUUUUCUAGCGUAACAUCUUUUCUCAAAGGAAAUUUGACUGAGGUGGUACCUGUGGGAGAUUAUGUUUAUUUUUCCAGGGAUUUUCUUAAUAAAUAAGAAAAAAACGUAAACAAAUUACGAAAUGUAUUAUUUUCAAAUCAUAUAUAUUACGGUCUUUUAAAUUAUGUGUAACCAAACUUCGCUCAGUAUUAUUUUUCAUUAGCAAUGAUUAAUAAAUGUGUACAGAUAUACAUUAAAUUUCCCUUCUACCUUCCCAACUUCUCACCUACAAUAAUGGCCCACCCAUCAUGCGAAAUAUGUCUGUUUUUAACAUGUGUAUGCUUUUGGGUUAUACGGGUACAUAAUAGUUUUGUUGAUCACCAAUUUUUUACCUUUAAGGCUGUCACUAAGGUUGUAAUAUCAACAAUAAUAAUAGAAAAUAUUACAACGUAUACAAUAAAAAAUGUACAAUUAAGCCAUAAUUUUAAUGCCGCUUAAAUUGUUGAUUGGUGGGUGUAUUUAUGAAAUAUUAUGUCAAACCCUUUUAGGGUGGUUCGGCAUACUAACCAAUAUUUUUAUAUUUAAAAUAAUAUGUUAUUUUUAGAUUUUUUAAAAAACAUUUAUAUUUCAGUAAAAGUAGAUGUUUCAAUAUAACAUUGAAGUAAAUAUUUUAUUAUUUUCAUUGGGUAAUAAGCUAUCCCUACAAUAUUAGUAAUGAGCUUGUUGAUAUCUAAUUUACCCUUUUGUUUCUAUAGCACAUUUAACUGUCAAAAUUCCAAAAUCAUCUCUAUAAAUGGACAGUAUUUGUGCAAAAGGGAUCAAGUCAAAUUGUUUUAUAUUUUAUAUUAACGUUUUGUAUGCAAUUUUGUGCCGCUUCUACUGGUACCACUAGUUGGAACAAUAGGUAGUUUCACCUAAUUAAAUUUAGUUUAUGAGAAAGUACUCAAGUCAAUAUUGUUCUUAGUGUAAAAGUUUUUGUACUUGAACCCUUAUGCACAAACACCGUCCAAAUAAACAUACAUUUUUUUUGAUAGUUAAAAUUUGUAGCAUAAAAUGUUUUGUUUUUUUUUAAUGGAAAAUAUUUUAAAUAAACUAUUUCAAAUUCAUUUUAUGUUAAUUAAUUUUUAUAAUUUUGGUUUUUUAGUACAAAGAAAAAGAAACUAGAACAUUAAAAAAAGGAUUGAUGGUUACUCAAGGUAUGCAUAUGCCUCUACGUUAUGCUAUGGAGAAAAAGGUUUUUGAAAAUGUUGGCCGACUUCCCAUUUUAAAAUCAUCUAAUUUAAUAGCAAGUAUAUUAGAUGAUACUCUUGACUCAGUAUCUGAACAGGAUUAUUUGAACCCUGCAGAAUUCAAUGAAACUUUAGUUCCGUCAUUUGUAGUUAUGGAUAAGGAUUUGAAAUUUUAA